AUGUCUAAAUACUGCUGUCCGGACAGCCAUGACAGAUAUAUAUACAGUUAUUCGGCCAGUUACCAAUGUAGCACCCCUACAAGAGGAGAGUUUUGCUGUGCAUAUUACACAUCAUCAGGCAAAUACAAGAGUGCUUUCUACUGUGAAAAGUACUGCUGCGGCUCUUCUACUUCUAAGUAUUGCUGCCUUACCAGCAGAUACAGAUACUUGUACAGUUAUUCCUAUAACAGUUCUUGUCCAGCACCCAUUAAAGCCUUGGUUCCCCUACUAUUAAUUACAGGAGAAUAUUGCUGCGCAUAUUACAACUCAUAUGGCACUUACAGGAGCUCGUUCUUCUGUACCAAGUACUGCUGCGGAACACCUACCAGUAAAUACUGCUGCACCUCGUCCUAUAGUAGAUACUCCCCAAGUUACUCAUCCGCUUCAUUAUGCAUUCCUCCAAAGAGUAUGGAUGAGGAGCAUGAGGGAGAAUGGGGAGAUAUUAGUAUGGUUUUUAUUCUUGCACCUUUCAUGUUCAUUUCGGGGGUGGUCUUCAUAGUCAUACGCAAAGUGUGCCGUCGAACCCCUCCAGGAGUUAUCCAUGGCCAUCAACGUCAACCAACUCACAGUAUGCAGACCAGACAAACUAUGGUAUCUUCAACCCCGACCACGUCAUACGGGCCUGGAGUCCAUCCCCCGACCUCGGGGGCUCCACCUUCUAACUUCGGGUACAGCCCGGGAGCCCCGCCUCCGACCACAGGAUACAGCCCGGGAGCCCCGCCCCCGACCACAGGAUACAGCCCGGGAGCCCCGCCCCCGACCACAGGAUACAGUUUCAUUCCCGGGCUUUGCGAUGCUCACAACUUGGAGAUAGGAAAAAGUUAUUAUGUCUUGGCCUACUCCGGCCUCAGGCCGACCAGGGUGCAGGAGGUCACGCUGGACAACUCGGCCAUGAACGAACUGACCUCAGUGUGUAACCUACAGAUGACGUAUCCGCUAGGUGUCGAUGCCGCCUCCCCACCUGUCAAAUGCACAGCCCCUGCUGACCAAUCAAGUUGCGUUCAACCAUCUCCAGAUCGAGGCUGGGGCGAGGAGAGCUCCGAAGCACCACCCGAGGACUCCACUACAGAAGAUUCAGCAAUGCCAAAUUUACAAGAAGGCACUACAUUAGGUUCAAAUGCUGUGGAUGGUGGAUCAGGAAGCGCUUCCACUUGGCAUUUUGAUUCAAUAAACAUAUGCUUGUCGGUCCUUUUUGUGUUACUAUGGAACUAAAGGGACUUCUGUUUCCAUCCGAUCCUCCAAGCUCGUCUCAAAAAUAGGCCCGCAGCGACUUUUUUCAACUUACUUCAUUUCAAACAUAUCACCAGAGAGCAGAGAGGUUUUACAUGUUAACAAUAAAAACUUUGAUAUAACUGUGAGAAAACGAAUAUUAAAAAGCCGUCGAUAGGACUACAUUAAUGUAGGCCAACGGAUACAAGGUACAGGGUACUUUGUCAGUUGCCCAUCAUGUUUUUAUAAUAUAGCCAACUGGGAGAAAAAUUAUAAUUUUGUUAACAUGUUUAUAAUUUAAAAACAAUUUUUGGCAAUUUCAUUAUAUAUAUUGAUCUGUAUAUCUAUAAAAACUAUCAUCCAAUAGUAUGUAAUAUGAGAUUAAUUUUCAACUGUUGUCAUCCUGCUUGAACUCUACUACACAUGCAUUACAUAUAUCAUUAUUUAUUGUAUACGCAUUGCCUAAAUGAAAUAAAACCUUU